AUGGUGCAGGACGUGGCACCUCUGCGAAUCCUGGUCACCACAGAUAAUCAUCUGGGGUUUGAAGAGCGAGAUGCGAUUCGUGGAGACGACUCGUUCCUGGCGUUCGCGGAGGUGCUCUCCAUUGCGCGUUCUGAGGCGGUCGACCUCGUUCUCCUGGGCGGAGACCUAUUUCACGAUAACAAACCGUCACGCGAGUGCCUGUAUCGUUGCAUGAAGCUUUUGCAGGAAUAUAAUCGCGAGGCGAUGAGCUCUCGUGUAGUAUUAGAAACCAUUGAGGACGGUGAGCACUCGGCAAAAGCCAACCGGACGAGCGCCAGCUGGCAUAUGCAGCGCAGGGCUGCACCCCCGGUGUUUGCCAUCCACGGCAACCACGACGAUCCCGUGGUUAGCGCACGCCUUAGCCUCUCGCCACUGGAUAUUCUACAAGCGGCUGGGUUGCUGUACUACUGGGGCGGCACCACCGACAAUGACACCAUUCGCGUUCUGCCGCUCAUCUUGCGGAAAGGCGUGUCGAGCGUUGCGCUCUAUGGCCUCGGUCACGUCCGCGAGGAACGGCUCUAUGCAACGUGGCAAGUCGAGAAGCGCCUUGUCUUUGUGGAACCACCAAGUCUUGAGAGCGAUUCCGAACAGGGAGAGUAUGUCCACGUCUUCGUCUUGCAUCAGAAUCGGGAACGCCGCGGCCAUACCAAGGCUGUCACUCGCGACCUGCUCCCGCCGUGGUUAGAUUUGGUUAUUUGGGGGCACGAGCAUCCCUGUCAUAUCGAACUGGAUGGAAUGCAGCCCGCGAUCACGCAGCCCGGCUCGACGGUAGCGACUGCUUUGACGCAAGGAGAAGCGCUCGAGAAACACGUGGGUUUGCUGGAAAUCCAAGGCACCAGCUGGCGCUGGAAGCCGCUACCGCUCCGGAGCGUUCGCCCGUUUCAUUAUGAAGAAUUGCAUCUGGCACGCUCGACGCAUGAGGUCUACAGGGAUCCCGUGGUUUUGGAACGGUACCUUCGCGAGCACGUCGAGGGGCGUCUUCGGAAACUCGACGAGGAAUUUACCCGGCGACAGCACGUUUACGGUGCGGAUCUCGUGCCCGACCAGUUGCGACAGCCGUUGAUGCGACUUCGGAUCGAGUACGAUGAGGGCUUUACUCCACUAGGCCCCGUUCGGUUCGGGAGAAACUUUCUCGGUCGAGUUGCGAACCCGUCAGAUAUGGUUGCUUUCCACCGCCGACCGCGAGCGCCCUCGCACAAGGCGGAUGCAACUGGGCGAACGUCUGGAGGCGAUCCUUCGGCAGGGAUAUGUGCCAUAGCCGGUGGACAUGCGCCAAAUGCGACCACGCUUCGAUCCGAGGAGACUGCGGAGAACGACCCGUGGGCGAGUAUAUCAGUGCUCGACCUGGCGAAUUUCCUGCUAUCGCACACCGAGCAACAGAUGAGCAUCCUUCCUGACUGGAAAAUCGCUGAGGCAGUCGAUCAUUUUGUGAACAAGGGUGAGAUACGGGCUGUCUCCGAUCAUGUGGAGAUUUGGAUUGCCCGCCUUAUUGAUCAUCUCGAGAAACGGCAUCGUAACGCGCCGAUCACUGACCAGGAAGAGCUCCUGCAGGAAACGCGGCGCUUCGCCCAGCAGCAGGCAAACAGGGCCGGUUUCCGGGUGUCAGACGCCGGAGCUGGUGUCUCCUCAUCGGCCGGUCCGUCGACGAAUGACGAGCUCACAGCGAAUACAAGGACAGCUGCUUCGACUUGUUCAUGGAUCCACCGCAGAUCGUCGUAUUUAUCACCAAACAAACUGCGUCUACUCGAGGCGCUCCUGCGUGAGCCGAAUGAGCAUCCAACGGACACUGAGCCCGGUGUCCGGAGCACGAAUGCCUCAGUGCCGUCAACCGCUGGAUUCGAAAUGCUCGAUGAUGAUCGGCAGUGGUCGGAAACACAUAGCCAUGGGGGCAUCAUGACUCGCAGCUGCACAACAUCACCGUCAACGUCAACGUCACUGGGCGAUUCGAGCGAUCCUGAAGUGCUGAACGAGCGGUCGCAGGGACGGGCACGCCAGCGAACCUCAGCCAACAGCGGGAAUGUGCAACGUAACGCAUCUGCCCGUGCAAAUCGAAGCGCUCGUCAACGAACGAGGACACCACGCACGAAGCGAACUCGACACAGCCACGCUGCAGCACGUUAG